UCGCGAUCGCGAAUUUCCACCAGGGUUCAACAUGGUGCGAAUUAAUGUUUUGAGCGACGCUCUCAACUCCAUAUGUAAUGCUGAAAGACGUGGAAAGCGGCAGGUUCUUCUGCGACCUUCCUCGAAGGUUAUAAUAAAGUUUCUGACCGUAAUGAUGAAACACGGUUAUAUCGGCGAAUUUGAGAUUGUUGAUGACCACAGGGCAGGCAAAAUUGUUGUGAAUCUUACAGGAAGGCUAAACAAGGCUGGUGUUUUGAUGCCUUGAAUGCCUUUACUGUUAAAAACCAAAUCCAUUAAAAAUGAUAUUUUGGUUUGCAGCUACCUUGUCAUCUCAACGUCUAGUGGCAUUAUGGACCAUGAAGAAGCCAGAAGAAAGCACACUGGUGGAAAACUCCUAGGGUUUUUCUACUAACCGAGAUUAUUAUAAAUAAACAGACUGUUUCUGUGUA